CCCCGCCUCUUUUUUUUUUUCAAGCUGUGAGCUCAACCGAUGAGUCAGAGCCAUGCAAUCCUGACACUGCAUCGCAGGGCUGGGGGUGACAGAGAGAGAACGAGGGAGAAAACACGGGCUCUGUGCGAAUCAGGUACUCAGAGCAGGACUUAGCCCUUGCAGGACGAACCGAGGGUGACGGGACGCCAGGGAUUUGCAAGCAAACUUUCCACUCCCUCCCAGGACCCGGGAACAGAGGGCCCAUCAGCCAGGAAGGAGGGGGUGGGUGGGCAGCGAACGUCGGUUUGUUUUUAAAUUUGGGGAGGUGCGUGCAAGCUGCUGGUGGUUCCCCGGGAGAUCGAAAUCAGUCCACUGCAGCAGGAAGGGAAGCCGAUGUCGGAGCCUGCUGGCCCGCUCCCAGUCCUCGGGGCAGGCAUGGGGCACUGAAAAUUUUGGCACCAUGAAUUGGGGAAGGAUAAAAGAGGUGAUGCACAGGGUUUGAGAGACCCUUUAGAAGAACCAGAAGGAACCUUGAGUGACCGACCGAAUCUACCUCCCUUCUCCUGUUCCCCCUUUUUCUUCCUUUGGCGACUGGAAAUUAGUAUUUGGCAACCACUGGGAGGGAGCCCAUGCUCCAAGGGGCCUUUCCCUGGGGGAUGGGCAGCUGGUGAGUGGGUAUCUCUUGGCCCUGGCAUAGCAAACCACACGAUGAACCUCCAGGCCCAACCCAAGGCCCAGAACAAAAGGAAACGGGUUCCAUUUUUCAGCGACCCAGAAACAGCAACAAAGGAGCAGCAGCAGCAGCAGCUAAAGGAGGGGCAGUAUUAUGGUCACGGUGGACCAGUUAGCAGCGUCCCUACCUCCCAGCCCACUGAACUACCCCCUCACAAUACUCUGUCACUACUGAGCUCAGUAGUUUAUAGAACAGAGAGGGGUAACCCUCCCAUGCUCUCUCAACCAGUGGCAGCUGUGAAGUGGCCAAAUUCAGUGAUGGGCCGGGUGCCUGAACGGGGUGGGGAUGCAAGCUGGCAGCAGCAGUCCCAGCCCCCUCCCCAUCCACUGUGGAACCAUGCAGUCACUAUGUAUGGUGGCCAAAAAGGGGCCCCUCACCCUGGGGUCUCAGGUUUCUAUGGCCACCCUGAGACCUUGAAACGAAGCCAGGAGAAAGGGAUCCUGCCGCUGGAUCCCUACAAUGAUGCCAUACAGCAGAUGAUGUCCCAAAAGGCCCAGCUGGAGCUGGGGAGGCCCCAGGCCCCAGUGAACUCCUUCCACACACCUAAGAAACCCCCAAGCCAACUGCCCCUGCAGCCCUUCCAGUUGGCAUUUGGGAACCAGGUGAACCGCCAUGUUUUCCGACAGGCUCCACCUGGUAGCAAUCCAGCUGCCUUCCCCCCACAACAGAAACAGCAGGCCCUCCCCCAGAUGCAACUUUUUGAGAAUUUCUAUCCUCCCCAGCAGCAGCCUCCCCCUCCACCCCACUCCCAGCAGCCCCAGGACUUCAGCCUUCAGUCAGCUGGCCCCAUGGGUCAGGCUCACCUUGGAGCCCAUCACAGUAUGGUGCCCUGUCCCUUCCCCCCCAAUCCCGAGAUGAACCCAGAGCUCCUGAAGGCCCUUAUGCAGGACCAGCCUACACAACCCGUGCUACCUCAGGCCCAGAUCUCCUUUCCACGGCGUUCCCGACGGCUCUCCAAGGAAGGGAUUCUACCGCCCUCCUCAUCCACAACUGCCCUGGAUGGUCCUGCUCCUCAACCCCGGGAAGAGAUAUCCAGCAACCUGUUCUUGCAUCACUGGUCACAGCAGCAGCACCAUCCUGAAACCCUGGGUCACGAGAAGAGUGGCCACCUCAUGCCCCAGGCAGAGCAAGGUGGAGGAGUAGCUCUUGGUGGUCAGCAGCACCUGCCUGAAGGAGAGAGGCUGGCCCAGAAUGGCCGAGAGCGAGAGGCCCCUGAAGGUGGUGAUGCCUGGGGAACCAAUGACUUUGGAGUGGUUCGAGGAGGGGUGAUUCAGAGCACGAGGCGGCGGCGGCGGGCUUCCCAGGAGGCCAAUUUGCUGACGUUGGCUCAAAAAGCUGUGGAACUGGCCUCGCUCCAGAAUUCAAUGGAUGCUGAAGGCCUAGAGGAGAGGCGGAAGACAGUGGUAGCAUCUGCAGCCAAGAGCGUGGUGGAGUUUGCUGGGCCCUCGCCUCCCUCCAAACGGGCUCGAGAAGACAGUGGGAUGGUACCUCUUAUCAUCCCCGUGUCAGUCCCUGUGUGCAGGGUGGAUCUGCCAGAGGUGGCACAGCUGGGGUAUUCAGAUGAGGAAGGGAAAGUCCCUUUGGCCUCAGCACCCGAUCGGAGCCCCACGGAACACAAGCCCUCAGUCAUUGUCACACGGAGGAGAUCCAACCGAAAUCCCAUGGCCGAUGUGCCAGCCCAGGUUGAAGACGUGGAUACCAAGGGGGAUGGUGAAGGCUUGGUACGGAAACCAAAGCAGAGGCCUCGACCUGAACCCUUGAUUAUCCCCACUAAGGCAGGCACUUUCAUCGCCCCUCCAGCCUACUCCAACAUUACUCCCUACCAGAGUCACCUGCGCUCUCCUGUCCGCCUGAGUGACCACCCAUCUGACAGAAACUUUGAACUUCCCCCCUACACGCCCCCACCUAUACUCAGCCCUGUCCGGGAAGGCUCUGGCCUCUACUUCAAUGCCAUCAUGUCUGCCACUGGCCUCGUCGCCCCUCCCCCCAUCACGCCAAAGAGCGCUCAUCGUACCCUGCUCCGAUCCAACAGUGCUGAAGUCACUCCACCUGUUCUUUCUGUGAUGGGAGAAGUUACGCCUGUCAGCAUUGAGCCUCGAAUCAAUGUGGGGACUAGGUUCCAAGCAGAAAUCCCCCCAAUCCGGGACAGGACCCUUGCAGCUAUGGAUGAGCAUAAAGCGGACCUGGUCUGGCAGCCAUGGGGAGACCUCGAUGCUAGCAGGGAGACUCAAGGGCAAGUGGAAGACCUUCUGACUGCUGCCUGUUCUAGUAUCUUUCCUGGGGCUGGAACCAACCAGGAGUUAGCCUUGCAUUGUCUGCAUGAAGCCAAGGGCGACAUCUUGGCAACACUGACCAAACUGCUCCUCAAGAAGCCACUUCGACCUCCCGAUCACCCACUGGCAAAUUACCACUAUACAGGGUCUGACCAGUGGAAAGUAGCUGAAAAAAAACUAUUCAAUAAAGGCAUUGCCAUCUACAAGAAGGACUUUUUCCUGGUGCAGAAGUUGAUACAGACCAAAACAGUGGCCCAGUGUGUGGAGUUCUACUACACCUACAAGAAGCAGGUGAAAAUUGGGCGAAACGGGACUCUGACCUUCGGGGAUAUCGAUGCCACCGAUGAGAAAAUGGCUCAGGAGGAAGUGGAAGUGGACAUUAAGAGUUCCCAGAGGUUGACAAGGGUCCAGCCUCCCAGAAGAGAGGCCCCAAGUGAAGAAUGUGCAGUGGCCAAGAAGGAGGUCAAGAAGGAGGACAGGGAGGAAGAAGGGAAGCAGGAAGAGCAAGAAGAGGUUCGGGAGAGGAGCCGGAGGGCAGCAGCAGUCAAAGCUGCCCAGACGAUACAAGCCAAUGAGGCGAUCAAUGAUGUCCUCAUCCUCAGGAGCCAUGAGUCCAGUGCUCCUGGGGUGGCCAGCAGCCGAGCUACAGAGAAGCCUAAGGAGGGCUCUGGGAAAUCUCGAAGAGCUGGACCCAUCGCAGAGAAGAAGACCACAGAGACUUUAAGUAAAACCCAGAACCAGGACAACACGUUCCCUUGUAAAAAAUGUGGCAGGGUAUUCUUCAAGGUAAAGAGCCGCAGUGCCCACAUGAAGAGCCACGCAGAGCAGGAGAAGAAAGCAGCAGCGCUCAAGCAGAAGGAGAAAGAAGCUGCAGCCGCAGCGGCUGCAGCAGCAGCUGCCGCCACCCGCCUCCAGGCCCGACAGGAGAACAGCAGCAGUAGUGGUGGCGGUGGUGGUGGUGGUGGUGGCCGUGGUGGCCGUGGCAGCAGCAGCAGUGGGAGCUCAGAUGAAGAUGGUGAGGUGUAGUGAGCCAAGGUGGUGGACUCAGCCGGGAAAGCAGUGGGGCUGGUUCUCCCUCACUGUCCCUGUACUGGGUGAUUUCCCUCCCUGCACCCCCACCUGCCUUGUGGCUGCAGAUGCCUGGCGCUAUAGACACUCAACAAGAUGUCAGAGGGUAAUCAUGGAGACUUUAAAAAUAUCUAACAAAAGACAAGCUUUUAUUUAAUUUAUAAAGGCCCUGGGAACAGUGUUACCUGGGGCAGGACCCAGUUCUCCUUAUAUCGAGUCUGUCAGACCUUGUCCCUGUGCUUUUUCAGAAUGGUAGGACUCCUCUCAUGCUUCUGGAGACUUCCAGCCGGGAAUCAUUGAUCUCCCCACCAAGCCACGAGGCUUUUGGUUGCUGCUGCUACUUCUGCUGCUUUUUGGACACCAAACUCUUGCUGCACAAUUCCCCUUUUUCCUUGGCCUUCCAUUCCUCUCCUGAGUCACUUGGAAGAUAUUUUAGGGGAUGGAAAGUUUAGCUUAACUUUGCAAGAUUUCACCCUAUCCUCCUGGAAACAGCUUACUGAGCGCCAGCAGAAAUCGAGUAACUCCGCCAGCAAGAUGCGCUCAGUGUCUUCUCCUCCCUGGCUCAGGUGGGUGAGACAGGGUGGCCCCUUCUGGGAGAGGAACAUUUGGUCUUCUCCUUGAACCUGCCACCUGGUACUUAGCCUGGCCAAGCCCUCCACCAGGGGCAGUAAGGAGUGGGCAAGCACACUGAUACCCAAACCAAAGCUUCUCUACUUCUCCAUUCCCAGCAUCCCUUCUUCCCCUGGAGGGAGGCUGCUGGAUGUGCAUCGUGCAGCUGGGCAGAUGGGAAAAGAGGGAAGGGAAGAAGUGGCAGGGAUCCAGAUUUUUUUUCCCCACUACCCAUUUCAAGGUCUUAGCUUUCCUGUUUCCUGGCAACUCUGCCUAGAGCUGAGAUGAAUUUCUCAGACCUUUGGUGAUCCAAGCCAAAAUUAGUGGCACCUGUCUCUGCUAAUAGACCUUGGGGGGGGGGGGAAGGGAGUUGGUGAG